ACAUUAUCAUAUAGACCCACCAGUGCAGCGAUAACUAACCUUCUCCAAGCUCUUACUUUCGCUUACAAAGUCCCUGUUAUAUUUACCAAUAGGACCAAUCAUGCCGCGUGGAUCAAAUGGUUAUCAGUGAAGUGGUGGAAAAGAAUCCGAACUGCGGAUGAGACUAAAUGAGGGCCGCGGGUUCGUCAUCGGGAUACGGAGUACAAAUACAGCACCGUCCAUGCGCAAACAACACGUCGUUGAGAGUUCUAUUGAGUGGUUGUGUAUUUCACACAUUGGAUCCAUAAAAUAUGGGCGACGCCAAUUCUACAGAGCAAGGCGAAUCCGCCGUCCCUCCUUCUGACUAUGACUUAGCAAGACCGAUAUCCUCUACUUCCGGCCUUCGACAGGGACUCACCUCUUACGGAGACCCUCACUUCUCCCUCUUUCUGAGAAAGGUCUUUGUCAAGGCAUUGGGAUAUUCUGAAGAUGCGCUUUCUCGUCCCAUUAUUGGCAUCAUCGAUACAUACUCCGGAUUCAACCCGUGUCAUGGGAACGUCCCGCAGCUUAUAGAAGCAGCGAAGCGGGGGAUUCAUCUGAAUGGCGGACUUGCUGUCGAGUUCCCGACAAUCAGUGUUCACGAAUCCUUCUCGCAUCCCACAAGCAUGUUCUUGCGGAAUUUGAUGAGUAUGGAUACAGAGGAAAUGAUCCGGGCUCAGCCGCUUGACGCUUGUAUUAUGAUCGGGGGUUGUGAUAAGACCGUUCCCGCACAACUUAUGGGGGGCAUUUCUGCAAACAAACCUGUUCUACCGCUUAUCACAGGUCCAAUGAUGCCUGGGAGCCACCGAGGCCAGAGAAUUGGCGCGUGCACCGACUGCCGAAAUAACUGGGCAGCUUUUCGUGCGGGAGAAAUUGAUAUUGAGGAAAUAUCGGCGAUUAAUGAGGAGCUUGCCCCUACUAUCGGAACGUGUGGAGUCAUGGGUACUGCAAGUACCAUGGCGUGUAUCACUGCUGCGCUGGGAAUGAUGCCACUGCGAGGAGCAUCGGCUCCCGCGGUUUCUUCUGCGAGAGCUCGAGUGGCCGAAGAGACAGGAGCAAAUGCCGUACAUGUCGCACAGGCAAACCGAAACCCCCAGGAUAUCUUGUCCAAGGAAUCCUUUUUGAACGCCAUCACUGUCCUGCAGGCGAUUGGAGGCUCAACAAAUGCCAUGGUGCACAUCAUGGCGAUUGCUAACCGACAUCCGAAGCUGCAGGGUGUAAUCACUCUGCAAACAUUCGAGGAAGUCGGCCGCCAGACUCCCUUACUGGUCGAUCUGAAACCGAGCGGCGACAAUUACAUGAAUGAUUUCCACAACGCGGGCGGAAUGCUCGCUCUGCUGCACACUCUCCGUCCACUUCUCCAUCUCUCGGCACUGACUAUUUCCGGCCAGACUUUGGGCGAGGUUCUUGAUGCAUCUCCAUUCAAAGAAUUCCCGCUCUCCCGUCAAAUCAUCAGACCGCUCUCAGACCCGCUGUACCCAUCAUCUUCAUUGAUUGUUCUCCGAGGAAACAUUGCCCCCAACGGGGCCGUAAUGAAAGCCUCCGCGUCAAAGGACCGGAACCUCCUCUCCCACACCGGGCCAGCCGUUGUCUUUGAAAACUCCGCAGACCUAGCCCGCCGCAUCGACGAUCCAGACCUCGACGUCACUGCCGACUCCGUUCUCGUGCUCAAAGGAAUAGGACCCAUCGGAAACCCCGGGAUGCCUGAAGCAGGACUCCUUCCGAUUCCCCGCAAGCUCGCCUCCGCCGGUGUAAAGGAUAUGCUUCGUAUCUCUGACGGGCGUAUGUCGGGCACAGCGGGAGGGACUAUCGUCCUUCAUAUCUCGCCCGAGGCGACGCUGCCAGAGUCACCAUUUGGGGUUGUUCAAUCGGGUGACUUGAUUACCUGUGACGCAGAGGCACGGAAACUCCACCUGGAAAUAUCAGAGGAGGAGCUGAACGCGCGGAUUGAGGCUAGAAGGCAAGCCUCUGUUGCUGCAGGGGGGAAGCCGAGACAAAGAGGGUAUCGGGGGCUCUAUGAGCGGUCGGUCAACCAGGCCGAGAAAGGAGCCGAUUUCGAUUUUCUUACUUCUAGUGGAGGACCAGAAAAUUAAUUACCUUUAAAUAUAUAUAUAUAUAUAUACUUUUGCUCUAAAAGCC